CAGGUGACACAGUCUUGGCAGGGGGAAGAGCAGAGGCGGCGGACCUCUUCCGGGUCUGUCGUGGAGGAAGACCGAAGUCUCCGGUUGGAAAGGCAGCGCCUGUGCCCGGUUCUGCCGGGUAGACCGGUGAGAGGUUGCGGAGCUGGAGGACGAUGCAGCAAGAAGUCGCAUCUCUGCCAACGCAGAAGGCCGUAAACUGGAUGUCGUUCUGCAAGCAAGGCUACCGCCGUAGAGAGGACUGGUAGAGACUCCAUGCGUCUGUCUUCCCCGUUACUCUUUUUACACUUUGUGUGAAGAUUUCUCUUCACUGUGCAUGGACAGAAAGCCAAUGCGUAGGUGUCUGAAUACGCGCCCAGGUGAGACUGGAAUGGAUGUGACGAGCCGUUGCACCCUGGGAGACCCCAACAAGUUACCGGAGGGGGUCCCACAGCCGGCCCGCAUGCCUUAUGUCUCAGAUAAGCAUCCGCGGCAGACACUGGAGGUCAUUAACCUCCUGCGGAAGCACAGAGAGCUCUGUGACGUGGUCCUUGUGGUUGGUGCCAAAAAGAUCUACGCCCAUCGGGUCAUCCUCUCUGCCUGCAGCCCUUACUUUCGGGCGAUGUUUACCGGGGAGCUAGCGGAAAGUCGACAGACCGAAGUGGUGAUCCGGGACAUUGACGAGCGGGCCAUGGAGUUGCUCAUUGACUUCUCUUACACGUCGCAAAUCACAGUAGAAGAAAGCAAUGUGCAAACGCUGCUGCCGGCCGCCUGUCUCCUCCAGCUUGCAGAGAUCCAGGAGGCCUGCUGUGAAUUCCUGAAGCGGCAGCUUGAUCCAUCCAACUGCUUGGGUAUCCGAGCCUUUGCCGACACUCACUCCUGCAGAGAGCUGCUGAGGAUUGCAGACAAGUUUACCCAGCACAACUUCCAAGAGGUUAUGGAAAGCGAGGAGUUUAUGCUUCUUCCAGCCAAUCAGCUGAUCGACAUUAUUUCCAGUGAUGAGCUAAAUGUGCGCAGUGAAGAGCAGGUGUUCAACGCGGUUAUGGCCUGGGUAAAAUACAGCAUUCAGGAACGGAGGCCGCAGCUACCACAGGUUUUACAACAUGUCCGUUUACCCUUGUUAAGUCCAAAAUUCCUAGUCGGAACGGUGGGGUCUGAUCCAUUGAUUAAAAGUGAUGAAGAAUGCAGGGACUUGGUGGAUGAAGCCAAGAACUACCUUCUGCUUCCACAGGAGCGUCCACUAAUGCAGGGUCCAAGAACGAGACCUCGAAAGCCAAUUCGCUGUGGGGAGGUUCUGUUUGCAGUGGGAGGAUGGUGUAGCGGAGAUGCUAUUUCUAGUGUAGAACGUUACGACCCUCAAACCAACGAGUGGAGAAUGGUGGCAUCUAUGAGCAAAAGGCGCUGUGGGGUUGGAGUUAGUGUUUUAGAUGAUCUCCUGUAUGCUGUAGGAGGCCAUGAUGGAUCUUCAUACCUCAACAGUGUUGAAAGAUAUGACCCAAAGACAAACCAGUGGAGCAGUGAUGUGGCUCCAACUAGCACUUGCAGGACGAGUGUUGGUGUGGCUGUUCUAGGGGGGUAUCUUUAUGCUGUAGGCGGUCAGGAUGGUGUCUCCUGCCUGAACAUUGUAGAAAGGUAUGAUCCAAAGGAAAAUAAAUGGACACGCGUUGCCUCCAUGAGUACGCGAAGACUUGGAGUGGCUGUCGCAGUCCUUGGCGGUUUUCUGUAUGCUGUUGGGGGUUCAGAUGGAACGUCUCCUCUCAAUACCGUUGAGCGGUACAAUCCUCAGGAAAAUCGCUGGCACACAAUAGCCCCAAUGGGUACCCGACGAAAACACCUGGGCUGUGCUGUGUACCAGGAUAUGAUCUAUGCAGUAGGCGGAAGAGAUGACACCACAGAGCUGAGUAGUGCUGAACGGUACAAUCCCAGGACCAACCAGUGGUCACCAGUAGUCGCCAUGACCUCGCGGCGGAGUGGGGUCGGUCUUGCUGUGGUGAAUGGACAGUUGAUGGCGGUAGGAGGAUUUGACGGAACAACAUACUUGAAGACGAUAGAAGUAUUUGACCCAGACGCUAAUACAUGGAGACUGUAUGGAGGCAUGAACUACCGGCGGUUAGGUGGAGGCGUUGGCGUGAUCAAAAUGACACACUGUGAAUCCCACAUCUGGUAGUGCGUCUGAUCGGACGUCGAGUCUGACAAAGCCUUGGUUCAUGAAUACUGCCAGAGACUUCCCUCAUGAUCUUGAGAUAUAAGCCCCUUGUGGUUAGCAUUUCCACCAGUAACACCAAGGGACGCGUAAUUAUUAAAAGAAUAGUCCUAUCCAUAUCCCUCUCUAAUGCAUUAUACAAGUCUUCUUAGUCUUCCUGAUUUUUACAUGGGAUGCCGGCGGUAUCUUUGGCCCCUAUGGAAGACUUAAGUUUGUUGCAUUUUGACUUCCCCCUUCCCCAACACCAGUUUCCUUCUACGAUUUUUCAGUUUUAGUAGGUGAUGCAAUGACUCUUGUAUCUUUUGGGAAGCUCUGAAAGUGAUACGUCUUGGUGGCACCAAGCCUGUGAAGCUGAGGAACGUUUACUUGCAUGUUAUCUGAUCCUGAAUAGAUCGGUGAUGUGCCAAGAACCUACGUUACAAUCCACCGAUACCCAAAAUCAUUGCGUCAGUGCAUACGGUAUGAGUAUGUCCAAGACUGCUCCUUUCCUAUAACUGGGCAAAUAUGUGAAUUCCUAGCUUUGAAAUGGUUGACCUAACAGGACACAUGAAUGACUGCUUGCAAAAUGAAGAUUAUUUCUUUUUUUUUUGACCCCUCCAUUGGAUGCUCCUAAUCCACCCUGAGAUUUAUGAGCCUUUUCCAUACAGUAAGAUGCUGCAGUACAUGCCUUGUACAGCCACGUGCACUAGUGUCUCCCCCAAGUUUCCUUGUGCCUCUAAAACCUGCUGCACUAACUGCUACCAUGCAUACUGUUCCAGGCCAUGACUAGGCUACUCUCAAAGUAGCACUGCCUUGUGAAGAUGUAGCAAACAUUGUACAGUUUGUGUAUAAGAUGAUAUUAUUGUGGGUGAAAAAGCAGUCCACCUAAGUAUUACAUACUUCAUCCAGUCCAGCAGUUUUAUGUUCCUGCAGGUAUAUACUAUGCCACCUAUGGUAGGGUUGUAAUGCGUCAUAAGGUGCUCACAUCGAAGGCCUAGCUCUAGGCUAAGGUUUGUAUUACAUUAGUGAGGUUCUGUGAAGCCUGCAAAAACCCUCAUCUUGAAGGCUUUGCAAAAAUUUUUAAUUAUUUACUGCUCUGUCAGCAAAAAACAAACAUUCUGGAAUGCACUUGAUAAAAUAAUGAGCGAGUCAGGAUUGUUCUAGAGGAGACUUCUCCAGAUAUGGGCCUCACAUUACCUGUUGCUGGUCUUGCAAGCUCCCUUAUGGACCCCGUCGUAGACACAUUUGAUUUGGCAAUUUAUCACACACAUUGGGGCGCAAUUGGCCACGUACUGACCCUGAAUCGGCCAAAUCGCAGUGCGGAACAGGUCCUCAUGUAUGACUUGUUUGUGGUGGUCACCAACUGGUCGUUUUCCAUCAACCCUAGCAAAACCCUGUCUCAUGUGCCUACGCAGAUUUAAGGUGGCUACCAUAAAAUUCUGUACAUUUGUAUGAAGAAUGUUUUUUAGUUAAUUUAUGCCUACUGUAAAUAUAACUUAUCCAAUGUCUCAUGGCUUUGAGAGUCAUAGUCUGCACCUUCAUUUUCCAAGGGUUGAAAGCCCGAAUUAGCUUGGGUUUAAUGAGUCCUUACAAUUACCUGUAUUUUUGGGAAUAGACAUCCUUGUUCUGUUGUCACGUCUGCCUUAAAUUUCUGUAAAAUGGAGUGAGAAAGAAUGUACAUUUGUCCUUAGCCUGAGGCAUGCUCUGUGACGGGGAUCAGCGGCCUCCGGCACGCCAGCUGUUCUGAUACUACAACUCCCAGAAUCCUCCCCUCACUUUUUUUGGGCAGUUGCAAGAACAGAUGAGCAAGUGUGCAUGCUGGGAGUGAUAGUUUCACGGCAGCUGACCCACCGAAGGUCGCUGACCCUUGCUCUAUGAGAAACAUCGGAGCCGUGCUAAUGAAUCUGUAAUGCCAAUGGCAUCCUGUUUUAAAGGGGUUGGUCUGAGUUAGAAAAAAAAAUUAUCAUUUUUUUUUUUGUUUUUGUUUUUUAGUCCAGAAAUAACACUUCUCUUGUCCAUGGGCUGUCUCUGGUAUUCACUACAGUGGCGCUAAUCCUGGAAAUACCUUUUGACUGGUUUCACAUAUUGCAUAUUUGUAAAAAUGCCAUGUUUUUUUUAGGUUUUUUUUCUUGCCCAAAAUGCCAGAUGUUACUGUAAAGUCUAUAGUCAAAUAUAAAAGACACUGCCUUCAAUGCAUUUUGGUUUGUGUCAUUUUGGUAACUUUUUGGGGUUUUGUUUAGGUCCGUUUUAUUUUUCUUAAAAUGUGUUUUUCCUGGUGUUUCUCCUAUAGCCUUCUCUAUAGGUCUUGAAAAACACAUGUACAAAUUGAAACUGGAUUUUAAAAAAAACACCACGAAAAAGGCCACAAACAUUAAAUUUAUAGUGAUACUUUUUUAUAGUGUAGAGGCCUUUCAUGCAUAAGUACUGACCUAAGAGUACAAGUCAAUCAGUAUGGCCAGCAACAGACUGUGCCCCGUGGGGUGCAAGGACCGAGUUCAAAGUCACAAAUAUAAACUCUGACUACGUCACCUACUACAUUAGGAUCAAGAUAAAUCAGUCUCUUCCAUUCAGUAGUGACCACCACGUCGGAGUGGUUAGAUAGAGGCAGAGGGGGCUCCCUCUGUCCUUUCAUCGGAAACUGCCUAUAGACAGCCAUUGAAAAUCCUACAGAUUGCAAUAGUACACAAAUGCAGUUUAUGGUAUAAGCAUUCAAAGUUUUCACAUGUUCAGGUCCCCUAACUUAAAAAAUAACUUAAAAAAACACAAAAAUAUUAAAAAUUUAAAUCAGCCCCUUUCCCCAUUUUACAUAUAAGAAUAAACUAAAAAGUAAACCUAAUUGGUAUUGCUAUGUCUCAAAAUGUUCAAACUAUUAAGAUAUAAAGCCGUAAUGGGGAAAAAAAAGCUGGAUGAUUUCCCCCUAAAUUUUUUUUAUAAAAAGUGAUCAAAAAAUCUAAAUGGUAGCAGUAUAACCUAAAUCUCACCCCCCAAAAAAUAAUUUCUCACACAGAUCUGUAGACAGAAAUAUCAAAAAGUUACACAUGUCAGAAUUUGGUGAUGCAAAGAAAAACAUUUUUGUCAAAGGUUCUUAAAAAGUUCUUAAAAACUGUUGUAACUUGGUAUUGCUGCCAAUGUACUGACCAGCAGAAUAAGGUUGCCAUGUCAUUUUUAGUGGACGGCAAAAAAAG